GACAGAGAAAUGAAGCGACUUUUUGUGGGCGGGCUUACUAAGGCCAUUUCCCAGGCUGAUCUGCAAAAUCAGUUCAGCAGAUUUGGAGAAGUUUCUGAUGUGGAGAUAAUCACACGCAAAGAUGAGCAAGGAAACCCACAGAAAAUCUUUGCAUACAUCAACAUCAGGGUGGCAGAAGCGGACCUGAACAAAUGUAUGUCUGUUUUAAAUAAAACAAAAUGGAAAGGGGGAACACUUCAAAUUCAGCAAGCAAAAGAAAACUUUUUGCAUAGAUUGGCCCAAGAGAGAGAAGACACAAAAGCAAAACAAGAAAACUCAAUAAAAGGCAACACUAACCCAUUAAGAAAGAUGGAAAUGACUGAUUUGCAUGUGAAAGCAGUGCCAGGAACAGAAGUACCAGGACGGAAAGACUGGGUUGUGAGUAAAUUUGGAAGAAUCUUACCUGUCCUUCACCUUAAGAAUCAUCUUAAACAUAAAAUCAUAAAAUAUGAUCCAUCAAAAUACUGCCACAACCUGAAGAAAAUAGAGAAUUCUACCAAGGCAAUCCCUGUAACCGACCUCACUUGGGAAUUGGAAGGAGGGAAUGAUCCACUGAGUAAGAAACGACGAGGGGAGUUCUUAGACUUUCACAGACCAAAGAAGGCAAUCAAAAAGGAGUGCGGUGAAGGUGCCACUGGGUCUCCAGCUAUUCCUCCAAGCCCCAGUUCAGGGCUAGGCAUUCACCACUUACCACAGCCACAGGCUGCACGAAACAUACUUUGUGGGUCCAUUCAUUUUUCGGAAUCUCCCUACACACCUCAUUCUGAUCAUCAGAAAUCUAAAAAUGUGCCUUUUCAGGUUUGGGACUUCAAGUCUGCCAGAAAGAAAAAUAGCAUGUCUGAUGAUGAUACCAAUUCUGAAGAUGAGUUAAGAGCAGUGAUUGCAAGAGAGGAACACUUGGGGAAAACUACAUGGUCCUCCAUAAAAGAAUCUGAAGGUGAUCCCUUUGUAAUUGUAAGGGAUGAUUUCAAAUCAGAUGCUCACAAACUUUCCUUUUUAACAAAUUUAAAUACCAGAACCUCUUGCCAAGCUUGUAAUGAUGCUACAGGAAAUGAUUGUAACUGUGACUCGGAAGAUACAGAUGAAAUCAUUGCAGUGAAAAAAGUAAUUGCUAGAAGGAGCACAAAACAUUUAAAUACAGAAAAAUCUUUAUGCAAGAAAGCUGCUUCCAAAGACAGAAAACAUUGUGAGGUUUCUGCUGAUUGUAUUAAAAUACAGACGAAGCAGAGGAAAGCAAGGUUAGGGGUCUGUAAUGAGAUUACGCUUCUCAGUUGUAAAUCUCCAUCUGGUUCAGGUAGCGGUGAAGUUGCUGGCUGUGUGUCAGAAUCAUCUGCAUCCAAGCGAGGCAGGAGAUGUCACCCUACAAUGGAGAACUGUCUCCUUGGGGAUCCCCCUCUGACUGAAUUGGAUCAGUUGGAUUGUCAUGAUGAGGCUCUGAAAGAAAGUCUCAGGAGUGAUACUCAGGAAGCCAGCAGCUGCUGCCCGUUUGUCAGAACUUCCAAGAGUCACAAGAUCCCUGUCAAUGCACCCAGAGACAAACAGUGCAUUUAUCCAGAGGAGAUUAUGGCUUCUCUCUUAGAAGGAGAAAACAUCUGUCAUCAACAGAAUCUAAAGGAAAAUAAAUUCCAGGCUUUCAAAGGAAUAGGCUCUUUGUAUGAAAAGGAAUCCAGGAAGAACUCAUUAACCAUGGGUGUUACCUCUGACCCUACUGGUAAAGAUACUAAUUCCUUGAAAUUUGAGUAUCUCAGUAGGGUUUCCACAGGAAGGGGACUCUCCUCUGCUAAUGACUCCUCUAGUGAAUUCAGUUCAUACUGUCAGACAAAGAAGGCAAAUGGCCUGUUUCAAAAAAAGACACAGGACACACAGGCCCCUUUUGGGAGCCAGGAUAACAAGGUGAUUUACCCAGGUAGUUCAGAAAUGGGAAGUAAAAGGACUCCUUGUAGUCUGUGGCCAUUAAAGUAUAAUAGGUCUUUAAGUCUUUGUGCAGACAUUGACAAGAUAGAUGUUAAUGAAGACCGUCCACAUAUUACCUCAAAUGUAGAAGGUGGUUCAGAAAAGGAAGGUACAGUUUCACACUGCCUUAGAUCUCCUGAGAAAUCACCAGAGGUCUCUUCUGGAAAAGAUAGCCCUGGAUGGGGGUCCAAUAAGAAGACUCAAGAAAGCAACAGUGAUUUUUCCUAUUCUGUUAGUAGUGUAUCAGAUGUUACCAAGGAUCGAUAUUUUCAAGAUAAUCAAAAGCGCUUGGCAGCCUUAGAUGCCAAGCAGAAAGCAAAAGAACUGCAAAAGAAGCUGGUUCAUAAUGCUCUAGCAAACUUGGAUGAUCAUUCAGAGGUCAAGCCAACACACAUCAUCUUUGGUUCUGACAGUGAAAGUGAAACAAGAGAGACAUCUGUUCGAGAACAGAACCAUCCAGAAAAGGAGCUUGUGAAGGAGUUCAUUUCGAAAACAUCUGGGAAGCUAUUUGAUAGCAGCAGUGAUGAGGACUCUGAUUCUGAAGAUGACAACAAGAGGUUUAAAAUCAAACCUCAGUUUGAAGGCAGAGCUGGCCAAAAGCUCAUGGAUUUACAGUCUCACUUUGGCACUGAUCAUCGAUUUCGCAUGGACUCUCGAUUUCUAGAAAGUGACAGUGAAGAGGAACAGAAAGAGACACGUGAAAAGAAAACCGCAGAGGAAGAAGAACUUGCUGCAGAAAAAAAGAAAGCACUGGACAUUAUGCAGCAUGUUUUAAACACCACCUUGAGCAGUUCUAUAAGUACAGGAUCAGUAACUGCAAAGAGAUUCAAAGAUGUCAUACAUUAUGAUCCAACAAGACAUGACCAUACCACCUUUGAAAGAAAAAGAGAUGAUAAGCUAAAAGAAAGUAAAGCAAAGCAACAGAAGAAAAGGGCAGAAAGUGAGAAGUUGCCUGAAGUAUCAAAAGAAAUGUAUUACAACAUUGCUACAGAUUUGAAAGAAAGACUUCAAAGCACAAAUGGUGCAGGUGAAAAGAAGAAACAUAAACCUUGGGAUGAGGACUGUGAUAGAGACAGAACAGGAGAUAGGCAAGAGCCUGCUUCUCUGAAGGAGGAGGAGAAGAAGCCUACUGUGUUUACAUUUUCCUUUUUUGACUCAAAUGCUGAAGAUGUAAAAAAAGAAACCUAUAGAGUUCAGACAGUGAAACCUGGAAAGAUUGCCUGGCAGGGAGAUCCUUGUUUCCAAGACAGCAGCUCUGAAGAGGAAGGUACUGUUGAAGAAGAAAAUCAUAGAAUGUCCAACAUUGAAGAAGUGUCAUUACCACAGAAAGAAACCAGUAGAUUUUUCUUUUUCUGUAAGAAUGAUGAAAGACUUCAUGCCGGCUCUGAGGUUUUCUGGAGAGGGAUGAGAAGUAAUAUGAGCAGGAAUUCUUGGGAGGCCCGAACAAAUACCUUGCGUAUGGACUGCCGGAAGAAACAUAAAGAAGCAAAAAGAAAAGUGAAACCAAAAUAA